GUCAUGUGGUAUGUGAUGUGGGGAAGCUCGAUGCCGAGAAAGUCUGUAAACAGUGCUCGUUUGUUGCUCGAUUCAUUGAAAAAGCAGGUCAUUUUUGCCACAGACAGAAGCUGUUUAAACAGCCCACUGCCAGCAUGCAGAACGUGAUUAAUUCUAUGAAGGGCACAGCUCUAGGGGUGGCUGAGUUUUUAACACCAGUUCUGAAGGAAUCCAAAUUUAAAGAAACUGGAGUUAUAACUCCUGAGGAGUUUGUUGCUGCCGGAGAUCAUCUAGUUCAUCACUGCCCCACAUGGAAAUGGGCAUCUGGUGAAGAAGCAAAGGUGAAGCCGUAUUUGCCCAAAGACAAGCAGUUCCUAUUAACUCGAAAUGUGCCAUGUUACAAACGUUGUAAACAAAUGGAAUACUCUGAUGAGUUGGAGGCUAUUAUAGAAGAGGAUGAUGGAGAUGGAGGAUGGGUUGACACCUAUCAUAACUCUGGUGUGACAGGAAUGACCGAGGCAGUUCGGGAGAUCUCUUUGGAUAACAAAGACAAUAUAAACAUGAAUGUGAAUGUGGGCAGUGGAAAUGGUGAUGAUGAUGACGAUGAUGAUGAGGGAGAGGCAGCAGAUAUGGAAGAAUAUGAAGAAAGUGGGCUCUUGGAAACAGACGAGGCCACACUUGACACAAGUAAAAUUCCGGAUACAGCCAAAUGCAAGGUUGAAGCGGUCGGAGAAGAUGCCAUUCUACAAACAAGAACCUACGACCUGUACAUCACUUAUGACAAAUACUAUCAAACUCCCAGGCUGUGGCUCUUUGGAUAUGAUGAGGAAAGACAGCCUCUCACUGUGGAUCAAAUGUAUGAAGACAUCAGUCAGGAUCAUGUGAAGAAAACUGUCACCAUUGAAAACCACCCACACUUGCCUCCUCCUGCCAUGUGCUCUGUGCAUCCAUGCAGACAUGCCGAAGUCAUGAAGAAGAUCAUUGAGACAGUGGCUGAAGGUGGAGGAGAGCUUGGAGUUCAUAUGUAUCUUCUGAUUUUCUUGAAAUUUGUGCAAGCUGUCAUUCCAACAAUAGAAUAUGAUUACACAAGGCAUUUCACCAUGUAAACAUCAAGCCUCCCAGAAUUACACCUAUGUCUUCUUUGCAAGUGGAAGCUGUUUUACAGUGUGCAGGCAGUGGCUACUAACACAUUUAGACAGGUUCUCAGAAAUAAUUAAGAAAUGUUACAUAUUGUAUGAAAUAGCCUUUGUUGCAUGAGGAAAGGAUCUGCUGAAUGACAAAUAGCCACACUAUGCCCUAGCAGUAACUUCAACAUGGCAACCUUCCUCAUUUUCUGUAUAAGGCGCUCACUGUCCUGCUGAUGUCCUCUUGCUAAAAGUAUUUUAUAUAUUUACAUUGGAUUUAAACAGUGCUGCCAGAUUAUCUAUCAUGAAAAUAGCUAUGAAAUGCAUUAUUAAUCUAACCAGCAUUCCUUCUGUCCUUUGUCGCUUCUGACUGGUGUGCAAUAAACGUUUUAUGGUGUUGGACCUGUUGAUUCUUGUAAAACAGUCAUUUAUGCCAGGUUGUCUUAAUGCUUUGCUCUUUGAAUGUUGGAAUUAGUGUCUUGGCUUCGGGCCACUGUCGUGUUAAAGUGCUGUAAGUCUGCUGUACGUUCAUUUCCACUAACUGUUUUUUUAAUAUCAAUAGAGUUUACACCAAAUUGAUUGUAACAUAUUUAUGGACUCAAGACUUCCAAUAUGCAUAUCCCAUAGUUUGCAGUGAAAUGCUUGUCCUGUGACAGUGUUGCUGAAUCAGCAUCCCAGCAGCAGUGGCUUUUUCAGACACUGUGAAACACUGUGCAAGAAGAUAUUGUAGGUAUUAAGGUUGAUAUCUUGUUUUGGUGUUGGCACUAUCACCUGCCUCUUAUGAUAUAUAUAAAGUUGGGCUGUUUCAUUGUUGCUGUGUACAUUUUGAAAUAAUGUGAAUUUAUGA